AUGUCAAUUUGGUUCGGCUUUGCGGGUUUUGCACAGAAGGAUCACAAAGGCUACUGGUUUACGAUUUAUCUCCACGAAGAAUGCAGAGAUCAAAUCAUCCACUCUGAUAUAAAGCCCGAGAACAUUUUGCUUGAUAGCGAUUUCAACGCCAAGGUGGCUGAUUUUGGGCUGGCAAAGUUGGUGGGAAGAGAUUUCAGCAGGGUUUUGACAAGCAUGAGAGGAACUCGAGGUUACAUCGCUCCCGAGUGGAUCGACGGCUUAGUAAUUACUUCCAAGGCAGACAUGUAUAGCUUCGGCAUGAUGCUACUGGAGAUGAUAUCAGGUCGAAGAAAUGUGGACAUGAGCGUGAAGGAACACACUAAGCAAUACUUUCCCAUAUGGGCUGCAACUCAAAUUCUAAACGGAAACAUGAUGAGCGUUGUGGACGAAAGAAUUGCGAUACAUGCGUAUGUUGAGGAGGUGAGAAGAGAUACUCUUGCAAGCCUGGUAUGCAUUUUAAAGAAUGAGAAUGAGAGGCCAAGCAUGGCUCAAGUUAUCCUGAUGCUACAAGGAAAGAUGAAUCCUGAUACACAACAGGUCAUGAGAUCUUUACAGUAUCUAGUUGAAUAUUAG